AUGUCAGCCAAAGGUCGAUUGCAAAGUAGUGUAGAUGCAGGCAUGUUAACAUGAAUACUUGCGAAAAAAACUUCAAUCAAUAUUUGCGUAUUACAAAUAGAUGAAGAAUGACGUUGCAGUUUUUGAAUGAGCUUAAAGUACAUAUAACCUGUAGAAAUCUAUCGAAACGUCGUUUGAGGUUAUAUUACUAUUCAUAUAGUUCGAUAUAACACUAGACGUAUAUUGCUAUAUAUAUACCGUAUACCACUGGGAUUUUGAGAGACGUGCCAGCGAAAAUUUCAAAAUAGCAUGUCUAAGCCAGCAUACAAGUUAAUCUACUUCGAUGGAAAAGGAAGGGGGGAGCUGAUACGUUUGAUAUUCAUUUCGCAAAAUAUUAACUAUGACGAUUCAAGAGUAAAAAUGGAGGAUUGGGCAGCACUGAAACCGAAAACUCCAACGGGUCAAUUGCCGUUUCUUGAAGUUAGAAUCCCACAAGAAGAUGGGGGAGAAAAUGUGACACUCCUUCCAGAGAGUAUACCAAUCGCUCGCUUCGUUGCAAACGAAGCAGGUAUUGCUGGUAAAACUAAUCUCGAGAAAGCCCAAGCAGACAUCAUUGUCGAUACCUUGACCGAGUUUCUUCAUGCUGUAUUCGAAGUUAUAUAUCCUGAAAUAAAUCCCACUGCCCUCGCAGCUGUCAUUGCAAAGGAAGGGACGAAAGCUCUUGGUAAUGUUCAGAAACUUUUUGUAUCGAACAACCCCGGUGGUGAAUUCCUGGUUGGAACGGAGAUGACAUGGGCCGAUAUAUGCUUCUUCAACGUGAUAGACACCCUAUCAAGUUUCGGAGAAGACGCAGAGAAGAUUUUAAAUAGUUACAGCCCGAAACUUAUGAGCAUAUAUAAGUGCGUCGCUGAAAACCCGAACAUAAAGAAGUGGCUAGAAACACGACCAAAAAACCCAUGGUAGAAGGGAUUUCGUUUUGUUUAACAGACUUACGCAAUCAAACUGCUGAAUGGACACUUCUUAAUGCUCAAAUGUGACCAUGUGCAUAUGGAUGUUUACGUCAAUAGGGUAUUUCACGUGCACAUGGCGUGUGUUCAUGGAGAAACUUAUGAAUGAAUAGUGACCAAACGUAUUUUGAAAGUUGUCAUAAUUCCACUAAGUUACAGUUACGCAGUGGUCAAUUUUGCUCUGAUCUUCAACAC